UUUUCUCAUCAAUUUGGCGAGUUAAUGUCAUUCUCCUCCAGUGCGGCAGGAGGCAGCACAUUUGCAUUGGCAGAUAGAUACACCAGUUAUCCCGUCAGAAGUGGUGGCAAGUUACUAUGUCAAGCAACGAAAGGUUAUUCCAUAGAUACUGAGUGGAGCACCGACAUGCAGAGUUUGGUGGUGCAGGCGCUUGCCAUGAGGCAGCUGGGAAGGUUGAACCCCCGCCACCUGCUGGCUACUGGGUAUGAACUGAGGCAGACUGAAUGGUGUCCCAGGGCCAUCCUCACACGCCAGCUGUGGGGCUGCGCAGCUUUUCCAGCACUUGGCUGUCACAGGCCUGCUUUUCAUGGCAGAGACACUAUCAGAGUUUGGUCUGUCCAGCAUCUAAGGUUUAAGAGCAAAAAGAAGAAAGGUGCAGCUAGGACAGCACAGGAAGAAGAGGAGGAAGGUGAGGAUGAAAAAGAUCCUGAGGACAGUGAUUAUGAAGAUGAGGUGGAGGAGGACCCAAAUCUUCCAAAGGACUACAAAGACAUGGAGAAACACGUGCAGUCCUUUCGCUAUGAUGUCAUCAUGAAAGCUGGCCUGGACAUGGCACGCAAUAAAAUUGAGGAUGCCUUCUAUGACAACAAGCUCAGGCUAAACGGACAUAAACUAAUCAAGAAAAGUAAAACGGUGAAAGUUGGGGACAUCUUGGACCUGGUACUGUCAGAGAACCAUGAAACAAACACUGUCACUCUAAUGAGAGUCAUCCCUCGAAAGGUUUUUGGAGAAGUAACUUCUACAGAAAAGUUCAAAGUUGCCAUAAGGCGAUGGAAACAUAUAGAGCUUCCCAAAGAUGAGGCGUUUAAGUCAUGAACGUGAUAGGAGAGUAUUGAUAGAACUACUGACUGUAACGUCAUUGGUCAUUGAAGGCGACAACAGUGGCAGAAAUUAAUGCCAUCAUUGGGUGGCAUUUACAUGGUCUCCAACAACAUGGACCUAGAACAGCUAACAAAGGUUACAAAUGUAAAGGUUAAUAGUUCUCAGUGGUUGUCCACAUUAAACCUUUUAAAACCACGGGGAACACCGGUGACACCGCGGCGCAUGUGUAUUUCAAAUUACCGUAACUCCUCGCUACCUCGUGCAAUUUUAAUCAGUCAAACAGCCCCUGAAAGCUGUGAAACGGGGCUUUGUGAUACUAUUACAUGCAGUAUGGCACUCAGUCAGUACCGUAAUGCAUGUAAUAGCACCAGAAAGCCCCGCGAUGUCACCGGUGUUCCCCGUGGUUUUAAAAUGGUUAAACAGUUGGUUGGAAGAAAGAUUUUGAAUGUUUAUCUUUCCCCACGACACUGUAAGACCUCAAUAAAUGGUGCACUUUGAAGCUCUGAAAUGUGAAAAUCAUGUCCCGAUGACCAGGCUAAUGAGUGCAUGGCAUUCUUGCAA